CAGUUAUUCAUUUAUUUUCUUUACAUAUUGUAGGCCUAUAUAGCACAAAUGUCCAAGGUUCCUUAUUUGUUUCAUCUGGCGUCUGAUUUUCACAUAGGAUUUCCCUGUAUCCACAUUGUUGCUGUGUGUUUGGUUGUUAGAUAUUGAGCCUGCGUGCUGCUGAUUCAAGGAGUCGAGUCCAUGCGAGCUGCCAUCUGAUCCACUCUUAUCAAUGAAGCAGGAGAUCAUGGCGGAUGGCCCCAGGUGUAAGAGGCGAAAACAAGCCAACCCAAGAAGGAAAAACGCGUUGAACUACGAGAAUGUGCUGGAGACGGGGUCUGAGACCGAGGAGGAGGACAAGCUUCUGGUCUCCGAGGAGGACGGCCUGCUCAACGGAGUGGGAAGCCCGGCCAGCAUGCCCAACCAUGAAGGCUCCCCGAGAGUGGGCCACGCCCUUCUGACGAAGGAGGAGGAGGACGACGACAUGAGGGACAGUGGAGUGGACCAUGUUUGGCAUGACAACGACAUGCUGAGCGCCUCAGUCGACGGUACUGAUGAAAUGAAAGAUGAGUUUGACGCUAUGGGGCCUGAUGCUACUCUUCAAACAGUUGGAAACGGUACAGUGAAGAAUGUUGAUUGCACUUCAGAAUUCGAGGAGUUCUUUGCCAAACGUAAGCUGGAUGAGAGUGAGAGCCAUGUUGUCAGUAUCGCUGAGUACCUGCAGAGAGGUGACACCGCCAUCAUUUACCCAGAAGCACCCGAGGAGCUGACACGCCUCGGCACGCCCGAAGCCAAUGGCCAGGAGGAAAAUGACCUACCACCUGGAACUCCAGAUGCUUUCGCCCAACUGUUGACCUGCCCCUACUGUGACCGGGGUUACAAGCGUUUGACAUCGCUCAAGGAGCACAUCAAGUACCGCCAUGAGAAGAACGAAGAGAACUUUGCUUGCCCCCUGUGCAACUACACGUUUGCUUACCGCACUCAGCUUGAGCGACAUAUGGCCACGCACAAGCCAGGCAGAGAUCAGCACCAACUGCUGAACCAGGGGGCUGGCAACCGCAAAUUCAAAUGCACAGAAUGUGGCAAGGCCUUCAAAUACAAGCACCAUCUGAAGGAACACCUGCGGAUUCACAGUGGUGAAAAGCCGUACGAGUGUCCGAACUGUAAGAAGCGCUUUUCCCAUUCCGGAUCCUACAGCUCUCAUAUCAGUAGCAAGAAGUGCAUUGGUCUGAUAGCAGUGAACGGGAGGAUGCGAAACAACAUGAAAACAGGCUCUUCUCCUACAUCAGCCUCUUCCUCCCCCACUAACACUGCCAUCACACAGCUGCGACACAAGCUGGAGAACGGCAAGCCCAUGGGCCUCCAGGACCAGAACAACCACCUGAACAUCAAAACAGAACCACUAGACUUCAAUGACUACAAGCUAAUGAUGGCCUCCCAUGGCUUUGGUGCACCUGGGCCCUUCAUGAAUGGAGGGAUGGGAGGAAGCAGCCCCCUGGGAGUCCACAACUCAGCCCAAAGCCCCAUGCCACAUUUAGGAUUGGGGAUUGAUUCGCAGCUCCUCUGCUAUCCCUCCCUGGGGAACAACCUGAGUGAGGUGCAGAAGGUCCUUCAGAUUGUUGACAACACUGUGUGCAGGCAGAAAAUGGACUGCAAACCUGAGGAGAUCACUAAGCUCAAGGCCUACAUGAAGGAGCUUGGGAACCAAAUCGAGGAACAGAAACAGGGGCUGACAGGGGCUUCCCCCGUUGGUCUUCCAGUCGUCAGCCAUAAUGGGGCCACCAAAAGCAUUAUCGACUACACAUUAGAAAAAGUUAAUGAAGCCAAAGCUUGCCUCCAGAGCUUAACUACAGACUCAAAGAGACAGAUUAGCAAUAUCAAAAGAGAGAAGUCCAACCACAUGUUAAAUGCAGGUAUUGAGGAGAAGAUGCAUGAGAACAACAUUAUGUUUACACCUUUUGCUUGCCAAUUUUGCAAAGAAACCUUCACUGGUCCAAUUCCUUUGCAUCAGCACGAACGCUACCUGUGUAAAAUGAAUGAGGAGAUAAAGGCCGUUCUCCAGCCCAGCGAGAACCUGAUGCCCUCAAAACAAGGGAUAUAUGUAGACAAGCAUAACCACUUGCUGUCGUCCAUGCUGUCGGAAAAGGGACUAUCAUGUCCCAUCAACCCUUACAAGGACCACAUGUCCGUACUCAAAGCAUACUUUGCCAUGAACAUGGAGCCCAAUUCAGAGGAACUACUGAAGAUUUCUAUAGCCGUUGGGCUUCCUCAGGAAUUUGUCAAAGAGUGGUUUGAUCAAAGGAAAAUGUAUCAAUACGGCAGCGCAAGAACCCCUCCGCUAGAGCGAAACAACAUUGAUAUGAUCCUGGCCACAAAUAAUCACACCCCAGGUAAAGACUCAAUGGUAGCUAGGUCACCAGUGUCUCUAGUCAAACACUCUGACCACAUCACAUCCUCUUCCAUUGCAGAGCUCCACAACAACAUCAACAAUUGUGAUAAUCCUCUCAGACUCUCAAAAAACAACCAGUUUGGUGCCACCAAACAGAUGGGCGAGAAAUUGGACCAUUCCCGGAGCAACACGCCCUCCCCCCUGAACCUCUCCUCCACAUCCUCUAAAAACUCCCACAGUAGCUCAUACACUCCAAACAGCUUAGCAUCCGAGGACCUGAACCAGGCUGAGCCACUGGACUUGUCACUGCCAAAACUCAUAAAGGAGCCUAAGCAUGCCCUAACUGUAAAGAGCAGACCCAAACUCAACAGUAUCGCUAUUGACCAUAACGGUGUUCCUUCCCCCCGCCAGCACUUCGAAGAGCCUUUGAACUUGGCCUAUCUCAAGAAGGAGUUUGCCGGCUCCAACAACAAUGGAAACCUCGACAAAAGCACUAGCCCCAUGUUCGGCAUUAACCCCUUUGGUGCCAAGCCCAUGUACACAUCCCUUCCACCACAAAGCGCGUUCCCACAUGCCACAUUCAUGCCCCCAAUGCAAGCCAGCAUCCCGGGACUGAGGCCAUACCCAGGCAUGGAUCAAAUGGGCUUCCUACCACACAUGGCCUACACUUAUGCAACCGGAGCAGCUACCUUUGCUGAGAUGCAGCAGAGGAGGAAGUACCAGAGGAAGCCAGGUUUCCAGGGGGAACUGCUUGACGGAACAGCAGAUUAUUUGUCAGGCCUGGAUGACAUGACAGAUUCUGACUCCUGUCUUUCCCGGAAGAAGAUUAAGAAGACAGAAAGUGGUAUGUACGCGUGUGACUUGUGCGACAAAACAUUCCAGAAGAGCAGUUCCCUCCUAAGACACAAAUAUGAACACACAGGUAAACGGCCACACCAGUGUCAAAUCUGCAAGAAAGCAUUCAAGCAUAAGCAUCACCUUAUCGAGCAUUCAAGACUGCACUCGGGUGAAAAACCAUACCAGUGUGACAAGUGUGGGAAACGCUUCUCUCACUCUGGCUCAUACUCCCAGCACAUGAACCAUCGCUACUCCUACUGCAAGAGGGAGGCCGAGGAGAGGGAGGCAGCAGAGAGAGAGGCUCGUGAGAAGGGCCACCUGGAGCCCACAGAGCUGCUGAUGAGCAGGGCUUACUUACAGGGCAUGACACCUCAGGGUUACCCGGACCUGGAGGACAGAGAAGGCAUUCUGAGGGACAGUAUGAACGGAGGAAUACGAGAACGUGUGAAGGAAGUUGAAGAAACGUACGCAAAGAUCGGAAGGAGGGAGGACGAUUUUGAGGAAGAGGAGGAGGAGAGCGAAAACAAGAGCAUGGACACGGACCCAGACACGUUGAGGGAUGAGGAGGAGAACGGAGAGCACUCGAUGGAUGACAGUUCGUUAGAUGGCAAAACAGAAACCAAAUCUGAUCACGAGGACAAUAUGGAGGACGGCAUGUAAUUAACUACUGCAUUCAAUAGCUUCCCAUGAUAUUUUCUGUUCAGUAUUAUUACCUGCUUGGUUUAAAACACACUGCUGUGUUUAAGCUGUACAUGCACGUGCCUGAAGCUUCUAGGAAGCUUUCACUGAAGGACUCAUGGCUGGUAUACAGUAUGUCUGCCCAAUGAAACAUUGAUUUGAAGUUUGAUUUGGGUAGGGGAGGGGUUAGUUUAAGAAGCUGCAUUAUGCAAACAUGAAAAAUGAAUACAUUAAUGAAAUUUUAAAAUUGUACAGUAUUAAGGCCUAAAAAUAUGUGUGGUGCUAACAUCCUAAAACCCUGUGUUUCAUAGUAUUUAUAGCACAACUAGUGACUUGUACAAAUUGCACUCCGCUUCUAUAAUCACUACAAAAAUAAUAAAAAGUAUUGCCUAUGUAUAUAUUUAUACAGUGUUGAAAAGAGCAGUAGUGUCCACACUACAGUCCAUCAGUAUUAUUGCUUCUCUUUCACUUAAUGUGUUUAUAGUUUUGCCCUGUCGUCAGGCCAGCUAGCCACACCGUUUUAGGCCUCAUAAUUGUUUUAUGUGAAGGAACUUAACAAAUACUUGUAUUUAAGAUAUUAAAGUCUUAAAGAGACCUUGAAAUUAAGGGAAAUGGUUUGACAAAACAGCAUAGGGAAGAGGUCAAGUGAACAAUGAAGGAGACAGCCGAAGCCUUAUAUGCAAACCUUUUAACCUGUGUGUUUCUGCAAGUGCCAUCCUUGUAUUGUGUAAAAGGAAGGUGACGUGAUGUGUUACCUUUUCACCAGCUUCAGUAUUAAAAAAAUAGUUAGCCUUGUUCUUUUAGGCACCCAUGUCAGUAUUAGAACAAUAGGCAGCAGUUCCUUAGUUUACAUUAUGUUGUGCAAUUUUCAGGUUUUUCUUUCCUUUAACUUUUGUCAGUAUUACACCAAACCAUUUUUGGAACAACAAAAUUGCAUUCAUUUUAUUUGUAGGUUGAAUAACAUUUUAUUUAUGUGGCCCAUUUUAUAUUUCCUAAUUUUAUUUAUUUCAUACUGUAGUGUACAGUACUAUAGUUCUUCAAUAUAUAGAUAUAUUUUAGUAAAAAGGAACAGGCGCUGAUCUUAGGGGCAGAUUUUACGUGAAGAGAGCAUUUAUUGUGUUUUGAAACAUUACUUGUGAAAUGCGAAUUUUCAAUUUCAUUUCAUUUUCUUUCCUUAAUUUUCCAGUGACUGGAAAUUCCAAAUUUGGGAACUUUUAUACAAUAUUGUGAAAACACUGUAUUUUCGACUGAAAAAUUCCACUUUCUUCAUCUUGUUUUUUUUGUUGUUUUUUUUGUUGUUUUUGCAAAAAAAAUGAAGAGGGACUGUUAAAAUACAAUGUAUGAUACCAUGACUGAAGAAAUCUUUCUUGAAUUGUCUUUGUAAAAGUAUUAUUGAAUUUUUAAUUUGUAAUUUUUCUUGGAAAUGACCAUGCUCGAAUAAAGUAGCCAAAUUACAGAAUAAAAAUUAACUGUUUUAA